GCCCUUUUCACAUUUCAGAAGCUCCACCGAUUAGUCCUUCCGCUUAAUCAAAUAAUCACUUUGUUAUUCUGUCUUUUGUUAAAAAAAAUGUGCACAUUUUACGUAGGGCAAACAUUUCCUUCGCUUGAAAAGUUGAACGAAUUCAUCGUGGAGUACGAACGAGUUCGUUCAGUUCGUUUAUCGAAAGGCCGAACUAAAUCAAUUACAAAGUCGCGUGUUAAAGAUUUGGAAGAAUACUUGCAUAGUUAUGAAAUAGAAAUGCAGUGCUACCGGAGUGGGAAAUAUGUAUCGAAAGCCAGGACUAAUCCGCCUGUUCGUCCUGGAAGUUGUUUUACAAAGAAGACAAAUUGUCCAUUCAAAAUAGUCCUGCGUGCUUUGGGAAAGAAGUCAUUACAGGUGAGGAAGGUGGUGCUCGACCACAAUCAUAACUCGCCUAUUAAUAGCAAUGAUUCAUCUUACGAUGACACGGGUGGUUUUAACGCGGAGGACGUUGACGAUGUUGCCAUUGAAGAGAGUUCCGACAUGGCAGGGUAUGACAUAAACAAGAACACUAAUCAGAGAAGAGACGGAGAUUACG